AUGCUUAGCCCGCCUCGCGAAGGUGGCGCAGAGGCCAUGGAGAAGCCCGACCUCCCAUCCCUUUGGGAGACGAAGAAGAAUGCCGACAUUCUUCUCACAAUGGGUGCCAGCCAAUGGGAGCUUCAUGACAAGGUGGUACGCGGAAAAAGCGGCCUGAUCGACCACAUACUAGAGAUGGUUCAGAUGAAAGAAGGGAUGAGAAAGAUCCCGCUGAAGGAGCGCAUGUUCCCCUAUUCUGCUCUGAACACAGUCUUGAAGUACUUCUACUUUGGAGAAAGCCUGAUCACGGAAAAGAAUGAAGUGAUAUACCUCCUCUCUUUGUACGAGGUUUCCGCGACACUCGCCAUUGUCCCGCUACAGGAGAGGAUUGCUUUCCAGACAGGCAACUUGCUUAGCGAGAUCCUCUCUGGUAAUACCGACAGAAUGGGAGACUUCUACAUCGUCGUAGAGGUCAUCGUUGCCGAGCAGGACAACUCGUGGGUAUUCAUGCACGAGGAGAUGCAGCGAGCACUCGGCCCCUAUCUUCUCAAGCUACUUCAACAGGACACCUUCGUGGACCUCAUCAAACAGAACCCAGCAUUCUGUUUGGAGGUUCUUUCCACUGCUAUUGAUCGCAUCGAGAUACUUGAAGACGCUGCAAAGGAGGCAAUCGAUGUGAAGGACGCGAGUAACGGUGGCACCCAAGCUGUGGUUGAACAUGGCAGUGGCGUUUCGAGACGUUAUGGUAGGUACCUGGCCAUCAGUGACCAAUUCCGCUUUUAUUAA